ACAUUACCUACUGUUUUAUAUCCGAACCAAAAGGCUCGGUUUUGCUCCGUCAACGAUAUGCCCAGCCAAACCACAGGCUCGUUCCGUCAAUAAGUUGCCACAAACCACAACGAACCACAGGUUCGGAAUGCGAGGCUCUUCCAUAGCAAAUACCAACUUUACAUAGGUCGAAUUUCCCGCUCAUUCACACACUGUCGCUUUCUCUUGUGUGUCGAUUGAAAAGAAAGAAAGAAUGAAUGAAAUACUCUGAACUGAACAGCCCUGAACUCUUCUACUUCAUUCAUCGCUCUCUUUAUCGAUUUCGAUACCAAUAAUGGCUAGGAGCUGGCUUAUUGACAUAGGAGGAUUUGCAAAGAAAGUAAAAAGCACUACACUAUCUUCAGCUGAUCAGAUUAAGGAUUGUGGUGCAUAUCGCGAAUGCCCAAACUGUCAUUAUCGUAUAGAUAACAGUGAUGUUUCUACUGAGUGGCCUGGUUUUCCCCUUGGUAUAAAGUUUGAUCCUUCUGAUGUAGAACUAUUAGAACAUUUAGCGGCUAAAUGUGGCGUUGGGAACACAAAGCCACACAUGUUUAUCGAGGAGUUCAUCCCGACCUUGGAAGGAAACCAAGGCAUUUGCUAUACGCAUCCUGAAAAUCUUCCAGGUGCUAAGAAAGAUGGGAGUAGUGUCCAUUUCUUUCACAGAACAAUCAAUGCAUAUAGUACUGGUCAACGAAAGCGUCGGAAGAUUCAUCAUCAUCGUGGUUUGACUGAAGAGCAUGUACGCUGGCACAAGACUGGCAAGACCAAAGCUGUAUUUGAAGAUGGAGUACAUAAGGGCUUUAAGAAGAUCAUGGUUCUGUAUAUAAGAUCUGAGAAAGAGUCUAAGUCCUACAAAUCCAACUGGAAAAUGCAUCAGUACCAUCUAGGGAUCAAUGAAGAUGAGAAGAAUGGAGAAUAUGUGGUUUCGAAAAUAUUUUAUAAACAGGUUGAGAAAAAUGAGGAGAAACCAUUGGCCGAAGAACCUGACAAUGUAACAUCGCGGACAAGUCCAACAACUCCAAAACCAAAUCCUCCAAAUCCACCGCGUACUGGAAUAUGUGUUGAAAAUGAUGAUAACAUCGAUGAAACUGCUCUUUUAUUGUUUGCAGAGGAUGCAAAGUCUAUCCCUGGAGAAUCACAUGCCCCACAAUCUGAUAUUCAGGAUCAGGAGAAUACACCCAACCCUGCUUGGUUUGCUGGUGAAUCACAGGCUAUAGAAAAUUCUGAAUAUGAUGGCUUGGAUGACAUUUUAUUAUGCAAGGAGAUAUUAGAUUCAUUUGCUCUAUUUGAUGAUUCUGGAUUGGACUCAAUCACUACCAAUGACUUUGAUUACUAUGAAAACAAAAUGACAGGAAAUGGUAAUGUAACUUCAACUUCUGUCCUGGAUACACUGGAAUUGGAUACUCCUCCAGAUUUUGAUCUUUCGAAUUUGACAUUUUGUUCUCAAGACAGUAUCCUUGAUUGGAUGGACAGGUUAUGAAGUGCUUUUCGAAGCAAGUUCUUUUCUAUAACAAUGUUAAUCCAAAAAAUGUUCCAUUCAGUUGUUUGGCUAGUGUUCGCCUUGCUCCAUUUCAUUCUUCAAUUGCAAUGUUUUUUGCAAAUAGUGUAUGAAGCUUAUGCUGUUUUGUCAUCAUGCAACUUUUGUAUCAUAUCAUUAAGUUAAGCCAUCUGGCUAUUAGCUUGAAUUUGGGCUUUUCUUCGUGAAAGUGGUAUUUGUUAAAUUUACUUUUUUGGGUGGUGUAUUUGUUGCUUCUUUGGCCAAUAUAAACUUAUUGUUUAGACUCAUUAUGCCAGUGCAAUGGAAGGGGGGAAUAGAUUUUUGGCACUGAAAUCCAAAACGGUGUAGUAAAUUCUAAAAUAUAUUUGUAUGUACUAGAUAUGUGAAUAUUGUAUCAUGAACAUAUUUUAAGUUAUUUUAGAUGGCUUGACA